AUGAACAUUUCGUCCUCCUUUGCCCCCAGUCUGGCCCGCAAAGAAUCGGCCAAGUCAGGCCUGGGCUAUGACUCUCAUAUGCCUCCUCCCGCGCCCGUCCUCGGCGGCGGAGGCGGCGCAUUUGGCCCCCAGAGCGCAACCUCGAUCUACCAGCAGAUUCACGACAUGGCUGCCAAACGAAUCGCCACCCUAGAGUACCUGAGAAAAGCCCAUGAGGGCCGGGUAUAUUGGUUCAAUACAAUGCAUUUCUCUCGAAACGAUAUCGGACGCAUGCCCUACUUCGAGCCGCGCAAACUCUCCCGUCGGGCGGUCAAUUAUCUCCUGCUGGGCCUGUCACUACCCUCGAUCCUCGACGUCAAUACCUCGCCGAGUGAGUACCUCCGAGCGCUGAAUGCACUAUUGCUGGAGUUCGAGGCUUUCCAGCAGGUGCAUCCGCCUGAUGGUGGCUCCUCAUCGAGUCUCGCGCGUGCACGCAUCCCCCAAAUGUUCAAGCGGGCGACACACGGAGGCACCAAGACACGGCGUGCCAGCUCGGCUACCGAAAUCGGUCUCCCCAUGCAGCUCAGUGAUCCGUCUGAUCUCAAGAGCGCGGGGGGAGCGAUCACAUCACCGACGUCCGCAGCUGGGUCAGGCAUUUCGUUCCCUCUCACGGAGUCUGCAGAUCUUCUUCCCGGCGAGGAGUAUACCUAUCUCCUGACGCCGUCGUUGCCCUUUGAGCCGGACUUCUUUGAGACCUUUGCCACGCUGUGUGAUGUCUUGAUCGAUUGCUAUAGCCGACUCAUCACCUUGGUGUCAACCCCGACCAUCUGUACGGUGGCCCUCGGAGAGGCCUUCUCCAAGGCAGAUGCCAGACUGCGCAAGAUCAUGGUGGCGGGAGCGGUACGCGAGUUUGAAGAUGCCAGCCGGACUGGCGUCAAGAAUGAAGUGGCGGGCGUGAGCCGGGUCGUCCUCGGAGGUCUCCUGGGUUGA